GUAGCCUGUACAAAUUGGAAACGUGUUUUGAUGAUACUAAAUGGCAGCUGGAGAAAUGGUACCGAUCCUUUGCAAAUACCUGGCUCUUUGGCUCACUCAACGGGCAUGUUUGAUAAAUUUAGUUCAUUAAAUGAAACGGAAAAACAAGAAGUUCUUUCAGAUUAUACCAGAUUUGUAUUUGUACGACAUCCUUUUGAAAGAUUGUUAUCGGCUUAUCGCAAUAAAUUGGAGGGUGAUACCGCUAGUGCUCGUUAUUUCCAGAGAAGAGUGGGAAAACAAAUUGUUAAAGCAUUUCGUGUAGAUGCUAGCAAUCAUUCUUUGGAAUUUGGAAAUGAUGUAUCAUUUGCAGAAUUUGUACAAUAUCUGCUAACGCCAGAAGUUAGUUUAAGUAAUCAAUCAUCAUACAAUGAACAUUGGGAACCCAUUUCGAAACUAUGUAAUCCUUGUGUCAUGAAAUAUAAUGUAAUAGGCAAAUAUGAAACCUUAUUGGAUGAUUCUGCAUUGGCUCUCUACUUAACCGGUGCCGAGAAUAUGACAUUCCCCACCGGCCACAAACCCUCGAAUACUCGUGCUCAUUUACGAGAAUAUUUUGAUCCUCUACCCAUAAGUGCCAUUCGUCAUUUGUACGAAGUUUACGCCGAUGAUUUUAAAUUAUUCGAUUAUGGUCUAGAUGAUGUUUUAGGUUUCGAAUUUGGUUAAUGAAAGCUCUAACUGUUAAUCAUAGUGUUUAAUUGAAAUUUAAUGAAAUUAUUUUAUAUUUAAGGUU